AUGUCAGACUACGACAAUUACGCUACGCCAUUGUCUUCUAGGUAUGCCUCUAAAGAAAUGUCAGCCACUUUUUCUUUGAGAAAUAGAUUCUCUACAUGGAGAAAACUAUGGUUAAAUUUAGCCAUUGCUGAAAAGGAACUGGGCUUGACUGUUGUCACAGAUGAAGCCAUUGAGCAAAUGCGUCAACAUGUCGAAAUUACCGAUGACGAGAUCUCAAAGGCUUCCGCUCAAGAGGCCAUUGUGAGACAUGAUGUUAUGGCACAUGUCCAUACAUUUGGUGAAACUUGUCCAGCUGCUGCUGGUAUCAUCCAUUUGGGUGCUACUUCCUGCUUUGUUACAGACAAUGCUGAUUUGAUCUUCAUCAGAGACGCCUACGAUAUCAUUAUACCAAAACUUGUUAAUGUAAUCAACAGAUUGGCCAAAUUUGCUAUGGAAUACAAGGAUUUGCCCGUAUUGGGUUGGACUCAUUUCCAACCAGCACAAUUGACUACUCUGGGUAAGAGAGCUACCCUGUGGAUACAAGAAUUAUUAUGGGAUUUAAGGAACUUUGAAAGAGCUAGAAAUGAUAUCGGGCUGCGUGGUGUUAAAGGUACUACGGGUACUCAAGCAUCAUUUUUGGCGUUGUUCCACGGUAACCAUGAUAAAGUUGAAGCCCUUGACGAAAGAGUCACUGAAUUAUUGGGUUUCGAUAAGGUGUAUCCAGUCACCGGUCAAACUUACUCGAGAAAAAUCGAUAUUGACGUAUUGGCUCCUUUAUCUUCCUUCGCUGCAACUGCACACAAAAUGGCGACUGAUAUAAGAUUAUUGGCCAACUUGAAAGAAGUUGAAGAACCCUUUGAGAAAACACAAAUUGGAUCUUCCGCUAUGGCCUACAAGAGAAACCCAAUGCGUUGUGAAAGAGUCUGCUCCUUAGCUAGACAUUUGGGUUCUUUGUUCAGUGAUGCGGUUCAGACUGCAUCCGUCCAAUGGUUCGAAAGAACUCUAGAUGAUUCUGCUAUUAGAAGAAUAUCCCUACCAAGUGCGUUCUUAACCGCAGAUAUUUUAUUAUCUACCUUAUUGAACAUCUCAUCUGGUUUAGUUGUGUAUCCAAAGGUUAUUGAAAGAAGAAUUAAAGGUGAACUACCCUUCAUGGCCACUGAAAAUAUUAUCAUGGCUAUGGUAGAAAAGAACGCUUCCAGACAAGAAGUCCAUGAGCGUAUUAGAGUACUUUCUCACCAAGCUGCUGCUGUAGUAAAGGAAGAAGGUGGUGAAAAUGACCUGAUUGAACGUGUAAAGAACGAUGAAUUUUUCAAGCCAAUCUGGGAAGAAUUAGAUUCUUUACUAGAACCAUCCACUUUUGUCGGUAGAGCCCCUCAACAAGUUGAAAAGUUUGUCCAAAAAGAUGUUAACAACGCUCUGCAACCUUUCCAAAAGUAUCUGAAUGAUGAACAAGUCAAGUUGAAUGUUUAG